GCCGCACUUAAAUCACAUGAUUGUUUAUCAUGACGUGCUCGUGCACGUCCGGGUCAAACGGCGUCAGCAUGGACACGGGGGAUGUUCUUGCAUCUCUGGGGGUCGAGGGAGCCACCGCUGCUGCGCAUGCGCUCUCUCUCCCAGCAGAGGCUUAUGGAAAUGAUACCCAAUUGGAGGUAAUGUGGGCUAUGAAAGCCUACAAUCAUGCUGAAGUUUACUUUAAUCUCAUUUCUGCGGUUGAUCCAAAAUUUCUAAAGCUAACUAAAUCGGACGACCAGAUCUACACUAAAUUCCGGGAAGCGUUUCCUGACUUUAGUAUUCAGGUUCUGGACCCUGAGCUGCUGAAGUCGGCCGAGGCUAAAGAGACAUGGAGGCCUUUUUGUAACCAGUUCGAUGGCAUCGUAGAGGACUUCAACUAUGGCACAUUAUUACGCAUAGACUGUCAGAAGGACUACACAGAAAUAAACACAAUAUUUGCCACCAGAAUCCAGUUUUACGCCAUUGAGAUCGCAAGAAACAGGGAGGGCUAUAAUGAGUUUGUCCACAACGCCGGCUCAAAAGCCAAACAACAGAAAGAAGAUCAGAGUUAAUCAAGUCAACGUGUUAUUUCAAGAGGCCUUCUUAGUGUUAAAAAGACUUCUUAGACAUUAUGUCAACAUAAAUCACCUUUAGGUCCUCAGAUGAUGACAUUUGGAACAUUGAAAGUUAACUGUUCCUCUAUGUAAAUGUUUGUAAUAAAUAUUGUAUUUCUCAUCUGUACUCCAUCACUUUGCUGCAUGAUGGAUUAUUAUUUUGCUUUAUUAGUCAAGUCUUGGAUUUUUUUUGUAUGAACACAAAUAAAACAAAGUUCAGAAAAUA